AUGCAGGGUUGCAGACCGGAUCUCAUUGACAACCAAGAUGCGGAGAAACAACCACUUCUCGGAGCCUUGGAACGCCCGGUCACGUACACUCACACGGCUUCAUCACACGAUAAGCCAAAGAACACUUCAGGAAUGUUUCGCAUGCUACAGUUUACCUUGUCAACCACGAUAGUCCUGAUUGUCUUGAUCAUACAUUUGCCGAACGUCCUCACGUCUCCUCUAAAAUAUGCGACUUGGCAGUCAGGCUGGGAUCGUGACUUGGAGGAUGGCAAGCGUGGCGCCGUAGCGAGCGAGAGUGCUAUCUGCAGUCGCCACGGAACGGAGAUCUUGUUGGCGGGUGGGAACGCUGCUGAUGCUAUGGUUGCAACUAUGCUUUGCGUAGGAGUUGUGGGAAUGUAUCAUAGCGGGAUAGGAGGGGGUGGUUUCGUGCUGGUGAAAGACCCUACUGGCGCGUUCGAGUUCAUAGAUUUCCGCGAAACUGCCCCAGCAGCAGCUCAUGAGGACAUGUUCAUCAACAAUACGGAGGCGGCUGUCACCGGUGGUCUUGCAAGUGGUGUUCCAGGCGAGCUUCGUGGUCUCGAAUACCUUCAUCAGAAGUAUGGGUCACUUCCCUGGUCGGCCGUGGUACAACCGGCAAUUCGAACUGCGCGUGAGGGCUUUCCAGUUGGUUCCGACCUCGUACGCUAUAUGGCUACCUCGAUCACAGACGGUGAUGACUUCCUGACUCGAGACCCUGCAUGGGCAACCGAUUUUGCUCCCAAUGGAACUAAAGUGGGUCUUGGCGAUAUUAUGACAAGAAAGCGUUAUGCAAAUGCCCUGGAGUCCAUUGCUGAAAAGGGUCCUGACGCCUUCUAUUCUGGACCGAUUGCAGAGACGAUGGUUAAUGCGGUGCGAGCAGCUAAUGGCACAAUGACACUUGAAGACCUUGAAAAUUAUGCCAUUGCAAUCCGGAACGUUUCACAGAUAGACUACCGUGGAUAUCAGAUUACCAGCACUACUGCACCGUCUAGUGGGGUUGUUGCUUUGAAUGUGUUGAAAGUGCUGGAUACCUAUGACAAGUUUCUCGCCCCAGACAAUAUGAAUCUAAGCAUUCAUCGACUGGAUGAAGCCAUUCGGUUCGGAUACGGCUUGCGGACGAACUUGGGAGACCCUUACUUUGUGGAUGAUCUGGACCUGUACCAGGAAAACAUGCUUGACCAGUCUACUAUCAACGAGAUUCGAGGGAAAAUCUCCGAUUCUACGACACAAAAUAUAUCUGCAUAUGAUCCUCAAGGGUUGGAGAGUUUGGAUACCCCGGGUACUUCGCAUAUAGCUACAAUCGACCACACAGGUCUUGCUGUAUCCGCAAUCACGACGAUUAACCUGCUUUUUGGAAGUAAGGUCAUGGUCCCUGAAACAGGAAUCAUUAUGAAUAAUGAGAUGGAUGACUUCUCUAUCCCUGGCUCCUCUAACUCGUUCGGAUACGUUCCAUCCGAAGCAAACUUCAUUCGACCUGGAAAGCGUCCGCUAUCGUCCAGUACGCCAGCCAUUGUGACUCACCCCAACGGGACUGUCUUCUUCGUGGCUGGUUCGGCGGGCGGCAGCCGAAUCAUCACCGCGACCAUUCAGAACAUCAUUCACGCACUUGAUGGUGGUCUUACGGCGGCUGAAGCUCUAGCUCAGCCUCGCUUGCAUGAUCAGCUGAUCCCCAAUCAGGUCACUUUUGAGUAUAACUACGACAACGAGACCGUGGCCUUCAUGAAGGCGCGCGGACAUAACGUGACAUGGGUAGCACCGACUCAGAGCUCUGCCCAGGCAAUCCGCGUCCUCCCGAAUGGAACCUUUGAUGCUGCUGGGGAGCCCAGGCAGCUGGACUCGGGAGGAUUUGCCGUCUGA